CGAAGUAUUCGAUUGACAGCUUGGAAGAGUUCAAAGUACUUUUUAUCAUUGUUUUGUUUUCGUUAACUUUUAGUUAAAUUACUUAGUUUAAUUAAUAAAAUAAGUGAUCAUGUUGAGUGUUCUGGUUAAAUCUGUUCCGGCAUUAGCUCCUAUUCGUAAUUCAAGAUGCAUAGCUUCGCUGUCAGCUCUGUCCGACACAUACCAAAUGCUCCAGAAAACGUGCCGGGACUUUGCAGAGGGGGAACUUAAACCUAACGCAGCUAAAUUCGAUCGUGAGCACUUGUACCCUGGAGAUGCCAUAAAGAAGAUGGGUGACUUAGGUCUCAUGGCCAUAGCAACGCCAGAAGAACUCGGUGGGGCAGGGUUGGACUACCUGGCGUAUGCUAUAGCGCUAGAAGAGAUAUCCCGAGGGUGUGCGUCGGCGGGCGUCAUCAUGUCGGUCAAUAAUUCCUUAUAUCUGGGGCCAGUAGUGCACUUUGGCAAUGACAAACAGAAGAAGGAGUUUGUAACCCCAUUCUGUACUGGUGACCCUGUGGGCUGUUUUGCUCUAUCAGAGCCAGGAAAUGGAUCUGAUGCUGGUGCAGCAUCCACAAUGGCCAAAGAUGGUGGAGACAAAUGGGUCUUAAACGGAACCAAAUGCUGGAUAACCAAUGGAUACGAGAGCAAAGCCUCAGUUGUGUUUGCUACCACAGACAAGAGUCUAAAACACAAGGGGAUCUCUGCAUUUUUAGUACCAAAGCCUACCAAGGGCUUAGAUUUAGGGAAGAAGGAAGACAAAUUAGGUAUCAGGGGGUCAUCAACAUGCUCUCUAAUAUUUGAGGACUGUGAGAUCCCGAAGGAGAAUAUAUUAGGCAAGCCGGGUAUGGGAUUCAAGAUUGCCAUGAUGACUUUGGAUGCUGGGAGGAUUGGUAUUGCUUCCCAGGCUUUAGGUAUUGCUCAAGCAUCACUAGACGUGGCCAUUGAAUACGCAUCAAAACGCAUGGCCUUCGGCAAGCCCAUAAUGAAGCUGCAAGCCAUCCAAAGCAAGCUGGCAGACAUGGCGCUCCAGCUUGAGUCGGCGAGGCUGUUGACGUGGCGCGCGGCGUGGCUGAAGGAUAACAAGAAGCCAUUCACUAAGGAGGCCGCCAUGGCUAAACUUGCGGCAUCGGAGGCUGCAACAUUCUUGGCGCAUCAGUGCAUUCAGAUUCUUGGUGGCAUGGGAUACGUAUCAGAUAUGCCCGCAGAGCGACAUUACAGAGACGCCAGAAUUACCGAAAUAUAUGAGGGAACAUCCGAGAUACAGAGACUCGUCAUAGCUGGCCAACUCAUCAAAGAAUAUGGUCUUUGAACUAUCCUCCCUCAAAGCAAGUCAUAGAAAUAUGAGGGGCAUGACGUCAUGAUUUAGUUAUUAUUUUAUUGACAAAUUUGUUUUUAAAAGUUGUUUAGUAAUUAAACAAAGUAAAUUAAAUAGGGAAUAUUACGCGAAACUCUGCAUAGGGGGCGCCACUACCACAAUCUGAUGGUCUAUCGCUAAACAAGAAAAUCGAAAUUUCGUUAACUAACAUCUCUGUCACUUGCUGCACUUGCAUAUUCGAGCGAUAAAGAGGCAGAAAGCGAAAUUUCCGAUUCGCGUUUCCCUGUAGGUCUUCUGUAAACAAACCGCCUUGAUGCAUCAAUCUCAUAUUUUAUUAUCUCUGAAAACUUGUCUAAAACCUGUUAAAGGUACAGUAUGUAUAAGUUACUCUAUGGUUUACUAAAAAGGCUAGUGCUGCACUCUGGUGGCAGAACAUUGCAGUAAUAUCCCCUAUUGUAUCUGUAUGUUUACAAUUUUAUAUAAAAUAUAUGAAAUUGAUUUUAUGAUUUGCCCAACUCAAAUGCGAAUCUAAGUUAAAGUAUACAUUUGUAACUUUUACAAUUUUAUAUAAAAUAUACAAAUUAGGUUUUGUUAUAUGCUCAAAUCAAAGAAGGCAAACUAUU